AUGCGGGAUCCGGCGUCUGGGCUGGCACAGCAGCAGACGGAGAGGACGCAUCUGAAGCCGGCGGAGAAGGCGGGCCACAUGAACGGCUCGCUGCGCGACGUCGCCAGUCUGGCCCUGCGCGAGACGGAAACCACGGCGACGGCGACGGCGACGGCGAGGGAGAGGGAGAGGGAGAGGGAGAGGGAGAGGGCUAGUUCGAGGCAUGGUCGGCGCGAGCGCGGCUGUCGACGGCGGCUGGCGCGAGGCUGGCGCGUGUUGGGCUCGAGUAAGUUGAGACUGUCGGUCACUCUGGCCGUCUGGGGCUUCCUCACCAACGUGGAGCGGGCUGUGAUUGUGCCCACACUCUUUCUCUACCUGAAGACGCGCUGGGGCGAGUCGGCCUCGCAACACUUCUACGGCCUCAGCAUGACGGCGUUCGGCCUGGCCGUGCUCGUCAGCACCCCGGUCUACGGCCUGGCAGCACACCACGGCCUCCGCGUCAAAGUGCUCCUUCUGGCCGCCAACCAGAUGGAGGUGAUCGGCAACCUGCUCUACCUGUUCGCGCCGUCGCCAUGGCUCGUGUUGACGGGUCGAUUCGUCGCCGGCCUCGGAGCCGGUUGCGAGCCGCCGCUGUACGCCGACCUGACCCGCCUGACGAGCAAAGAGGAGCGAACGCCCUACCUCAUCGCCAUGCUGCUCACCAAACAGGUUGGACUCAUCUUCGGGCCCGCAUGUACCCUCAUGAUGCACGGCCUCAACGCCGUGUGGGGAGAGUUCCGGCUCGACGUGAACAACGGGCCCGGCCUCCUCAUGGCCGUCUCCUGGGCCCUGCACAGCCUCGUCGCCCUCGCCCUCUACCCCAACCUCGACAAGAACGGCGAACCAGUCACCUUUUCCUCCAGCCUCGGCGACGCCGACAUGGACGACGACGACAACAACAACAACAACAACGAAGACGAGGCUGCCUGUUGCGUCUGUCUGCGUCGACGUCUGGUGAUGGGCUCCACGCCGGUGGAGCGCCAACGCACUCGGGCUCGUCUGCUGGCGCCGGACGAGGCGGUCGUCGAGGACGGCGCACUGAAAGAGGAGGAGACCACGACGACGACGACGACGACGGCGAAGGCGAAGGCGAAGGCGAAGGCGACGGCGACGACAGCCGGUUGGCGGAUCAGCUUGCAGCAACUGAAGCCCUAUCUGGAGUACCGGAUUGUGGUGCUUCUCGCGAUCGCUUUCGUCGCCUAUUUCUGUCUGAUGGCGCUCGAGUCGGCUCUGCCGCCGCUCGCCAACAAACUCUUUAACUGGACCGAGAUGAAGGUGAGCUAUGUCUACCUGGGCGCCAGUAUUCUGGUCAUCUUCGUCUAUCUUGUGCUGCGAUGCAUGACAAACUGCAUCGAAGACCGCCACCUCAUCGUGGCCGGCCUCAUCACCCUCCUCAUCUCCUACGUGAUGCUCUCCGUCGUCGUUGAGGUGGUGGCCAGCGCGUCGGAACUAAUCGCCGUCUCGGUGACGCUGACCGGCGUGGCCAUCCACGUCAUCGGAAUGCCCUUCGUCGUCGCCUGCCCCGAGUCGCUGUACACAAAGUUCAACGACCUCAGUGACAUGGACCGAGCACAGUCGAUCUUCCGCACCGUCACCAACAUCGCCUUCCUCUUCGGCCCCUUCAUCGGAGGCUCGUUCACCUUCCUUCCCAUCAUCGUCUUUCUCAUCAUGACCGUUUUGGUCAUCUUCCCCAUCUUCUUCAUCGCAAUCCGCUACCGCCAGUUCGACUCCUCCCUGGUGCAUCCAUCACAGAUUAGCCGGCCCGGUCAUGCCUCCAACGAGGAGGAGGAGAAAGACGAAGAGGCGCCAAGAGAAGAAGAGCCAGAGAAGCAAAUGUCGUGA